AUGGAUAUCAAGUUGAAAAAACAAUUAGCUAAACGUAUUACAUCGCGCACAAAAAUACCAGAUUUGAAAAAAACUGACUGGAACGAGGACGUUCUAAAAGAAGUUAAUAGGUUCGUUUCCACUGAUCAGACCGUCCUGUUUUUGUACUACGACGGCAGUGUACUUAAGGGCGAUUCUCGAAUUCCCAAUGCGCGUUCCGGCUGGCUGGCGUGGUUCUAUAAGUCGGCUGUGGACGAAGAUGGAAAUAAACUGUGGUUGGACGAAAACAACUUCGACGGAGUCGUCAGAUAUUUGAAAUACUUGCCUAGUGAAUUUGUUGCCGAAACAUCGCCCAUGAGUGAAACUACCAUCAACGUCGUUGAAAAUGUUUUAAAAGAAUUAUACUCGGAAAUACUGAACCGUUUAAGCGAUACCCACCGAAACGCUACGAAGUUAACCGAUUUUAGAUAUACAGUAGUCGUGUUGGAGUAUAAAAGUAUUUACGAAUUGUUAACUAUAUUGGAUAAAAAUAGACCAGUCUCUUCGACAGCAUUUAAGAGAAUGAUGGAAAAACUCACGACGGGCUUGAUCGAAGCCGAGUCAAAUUUGAACUACCUGCAAGUGUUAAUGAAAUCCUGCACAGAACUGUAUGCAAUUAUUUCACCAGAUGAAAUUUUAUACAUGUUGCCGGAAACAUUCACUAAAAUCAUUUACAUAUUCGAGGAAUCGCCGUACUACAACCGACCAUCCGACAUGAACCGUCUUUGUGACUACCUUGGGAAUCAGAUUAUUUUCAUAUGUCGCAGAACAAUUGAUAUAAAAAUACUAUUUGAAGGCAACGUAGAAGCGACACUUGAGUCUGUGCACAAAUGUAUUAACUGCUGUAAUCAUUUUAUCGAAAUGUUCAAAGAGGCGGUCAGUGUACACCAAUUCAAGUAUAAAGGAAAAGUAUGGAUAAAAGCCAAAGCCGUGUAUGCAUUUUUGGAACGACUAAAAGAUAUUGAAUACAUAUGCAAGGCAAUGAUGGUGUUCCAAAGAAUGAACAUACAACAGCUUUACGUACCGAAACCAAAAUUCUCAUUUGUAAAAGGGUUUUAUUUUGAAAAAAUCGUGGAAUCUAUUGAAUUGCGCUUCAACGAUAUUGUCAAAACUAUUGAGAAUGUCGUCAACACGAUUUUUAAUUUAAAAACGAGCGAUUGGUUUCAUCAUAUACAAAUAUUUCGAGAUGAUGUCCGUGAUCUGUGUUCAGAAGUAGAACAUUUAUUAAGCGACGCGUUAAAUGCUUCAUGUAAUAUAGAAGAUGCACUGUACGUUUUACAAACCUUACACUACUUCUCUAAUUGGCCGCAGCUCCAAUUGUGCAUCCAACAGAAGACCAACGACAUCUACAAAAUGUUAACUGAUAAUAUCACCACAGCGAUGAUGCUGAUACCGAGUAACAUUCAUCACAUUCCAUCAUUUUUGACAAAAUAUCCGGGAAUAUGCUGCAUGAGUAUAAUUGAUUUCAAAAUGAUUACAAAUUUUAAGAAUAUGUUGGUCGAUCGACCAUGGCUUGUGACGUGUCCGAGCGCAAAAAUAUUUCACAAAAACUACAUAAAAUACGUCGAGGUUUUUCACAACAUGAUGGAAACUAUUUUUAAAAUGUGGACUGAUCAAUUUUAUGAAACCGACUUCGAAAAAAGACUGGACAAGCGACUGCUAUCGGGAAGUAGAAAAUCAAAAUACCACUGGAGCUUCCAAAUUAACUUGGACGAAGAUAUGCGAGUGUUAAUGAACGAAAUCGAGUCCUGGUUAUUGAUAGAAUUUCGAAUGCCUUAUAUAGUCAACUAUCUUGCGGAUAUGACACCAAAAAUUAAAAACGUGUACAGGAACAUCACGAUGGCUAUUAAAAGCUACGACUAUUUUGUUGCCGGUUUGUCUGAACAUGAAUUGCCACUAUUUGGUGAAAAGAUUCAAAGUUGUAACAAGAUAUUAUCGCCGUUGGUGAUACAAAAUUCGAUAAUGAUACAAAUCGUAGAUAGCUACAACGAAAUCGUCAGAUACGGAUCAAUCGUAUAUGAAGGAUUUGAAGACCAUAUUACUGAUGUCGUCGUUCACUGGGAAGAAUUCGUCGGUCAUAUUGAUAUUUUAGUACGGGAAUCAUUAAUAUUAAACUCUAGGUGGUCAAUGGAAAAUAUGUUAGAGCUGAGAAUUGGCUAUGGAUUCGGACCUGUACCUAUUUUUCAGAUUCACGUCAGCAUAGAAGGCCGUCGGAUUAAAUACGUCUCGGACUUAAUGACAUUAGCUAUGUGUUCAAUAAAAUCAUUGCCUAGUUUGGUUAUUGCAUUCAAAUCUAUACCGAGAUUAAGUCAAACGUUUAAGACAACAAAUGUGUUAUCGCUACCGUACGGUUACGAAAUAGCGGAAGACAAGAUUUGCAACGAUAUACAACAUAAAAUAGAAAUGUCUACACAACAUGGCUUAAGAGAAAUCAGGCAGUAUAUGUCCAGAUUACUAUCGUACAGCGAUAUUUGGAUUGUAGACAAACCCACAUUUUUCGAAAAUUUUAGAAACAGCAAGCCUUCUGCAGAAAACUUUGACAUAGAAAUCACGCAAUACUUGAAUUACAUACAGGAUAUUAAAAAACUGCACACGGUAUCUUCAGUUUCGUACUUUGUGAUCCGUACAAGCCUUAUGAUCAAACAAAUAAUUUCGCAUUGUCAACUUUGGAUACAUAGUUUUUCACAACUACUGUUGGAAAUAACUGCAAAACUCAUCGAAGGAAUUUAUGAAUAUACAAACGUCAACAGCAUACGCGUAAUGACACCACCAAAAACUAUUUUUGAAAUGGUCAGUUUUACUGAAUAUCGAAAUAAAUUAGUGUUGGAGUGCGCGAUUAAAGAAAACGAUUUUUGGAUUAUUGGGGAUAAUAUAACCAUUUUAGAAAAACAUAGUGUUGAUAUACCGGAUAUAAUGAGAAUAAGAUACAAUAAUAUGAUGACAAAUUGGAAUGACUACAAAGCUGUGCUAGAAUCAGCGGAAGCUAUGUUAGAAGGAAAACGCGAUGAGUUUUUAAACGUGCUUUUAAAUAAACAAGAGGUUAUAAAGCAGCAGUCGGACGAUUUGUUACAACAUUAUUACGAAACGAUGCCUACUACUUCAGACUGGAAGUCAGCUGACGCGCUGGAUUAUAUUGAUGAUUUGAAAAAAAAAUUGGCAUUAUUGGAAGCAGCGGAAGAGCAAUUAAAAGCAGAUCUUGCUCUAUUUGGUGUAAAAUACGUACCAUCAUAUGCAUUACAAAAACUCAAAGAAGAAUUAGCUACUUUAGAACUAGUAUGGUCUACAAUAAACGAAUGGGACGUAGCUUGGGAAAGAUAUAAAUAUGGAAAAUUUUGGGAGAUUAAAGUGUCCGAAAUGGAAAUUACAGCACAAUCAUUAUUUAAAAAGUUAAAUCAAUUGGUAAAGGAACUGAGAGAAAGAAAAUGGGAAGUCUUAGAAACUACGAGAAACGCUGUGGACGCGUUUAGAAGAGUUUUGCCUUUAAUAACUGAUUUGAAAAACCCAUCGAUGAGAGCUAGACACUGGGACGAAGUGCGAAGAGUAAUACAAUCAGAAUUUGACGAGACCGACGAAACGUUUACAUUAGAAAUGGUAAUAGGAAUGGGAAUGCAAAACUUUGAAGAUGAAAUAAGUGAAAUUUCAACCAGAGCGUCAAUGGAAGCUAAUAUUGAGAAUGCUUUACGGAUAAUAAGAGAAACUUGGGAUAAUAUGAAGUUAAGUAUAGAGCCAUAUAAGAAUCAGAUUUAUCGUCUAAAAGCAGCUGAUGACAUAACGCAAGCUUUGGAGGAUCAAUUGGUACAGAUAUCUUCCAUGAAAGGAUCGAAAUACAUAUCUAUAUUUCUGGAAGAAGCCGACUAUUGGGAAAAAGGGCUUGGUACAGUUAUGGAAGUAUUGGAAAUGACACUCAACGUACAGAGGCUGUACAUUUAUUUAGAAAACAUAUUUGUGGGUGAUGACAUUCGGGAAAAAAUGCCAAAUGAAACACGGGAAUACGGUAUUUUGACGUCAGAAUGGAAAAAAAUAACGUCGAAAAUGUAUCACGUCAAAAACGUUUUUAAAGCUUGUAAUUCAAAAUCGUUGCUCAAACAUUUGAAUACAAUGAACGAUCGUCUACAAUCGAUUCAAAGAGCUCUGGAAGUGUACAUGGAAACCAAGCGUCAUGUGUUUCCAAGGUUUUAUUUUAUAUCCAAUGACGAUCUAUUGGAGAUUUUGGGAAAUUCAAAGAAUCCAGAAAUGAUACAGCCUCAUUUGAAAAAAUGUUUUGAUAACAUUACUAGAGUUAAAAUGAAUUCAGGCAGAGAUCAAUAUUUCGAAGCUAUCGGAAUGUAUUCUGACGAUGGAGAGUAUGUGCCUUGGGUCAAAUCGGUUAUGUGUGAAGGGCCCGUUGAAUUUUGGCUAGUUGCAAUAGAAAGUGCUAUGCGAGCUUCAUUGAAAAGCAUGUUCAAAGAAGUUAAAUUAUCAUUAUUGAAAAACUUGAAAAAUCGUGACGUUUGGAUAUUAAAUUGGCCGGGCCAGCUGUGUAUCACUGCGUCUCAAAUACAAUGGACGACCGACUGUACGCGGGCGUUGAUAAUGUGUAAACAGAUUGAGAACAAGUUACCGUUAAAAAAAAUCCGUAAAAAACAGAAAAAAGUGCUGUCAAAGUUUUCCGACGCAAUCAGAGGCAACCUACCGAAAACCGCAAGGUUAAAGGUGGUGGCUUUGGUCACUAUAGAAAUUCACGCUAGAGACGUGAUCGAAAAAAUGUAUAAGAACAACUGUAUGGAUGUGACGGCGUUUGAAUGGAUGUCUCAGUUGAGAUUUUAUUGGGACAAGAAAAUCAGUGACAUAGUCAUUCGGCAAACCAACACGAGACAAUUGUAUGGAUACGAAUACCUGGGAAACUCAGGUAGGUUGGUGAUCACGCCGCUAACCGACAGGUGUUACAUCACGUUGACCACGGCCCUGCACUUGUUCCGAGGAGGCAGUCCUAAAGGACCUGCGGGUACGGGCAAAACUGAAACGGUCAAAGAUUUGGGAAAAAACCUUGCCUACUAUGUCAUUGUCAUCAAUUGUUCCGAAGGACACGACUACAUGAGCAUGGGUCGUAACUUCUCCGGUCUCGCUCAACAGGGCGCGUGGGGAUGCUUCGACGAGUUCAACCGUAUCAACAUUGAAGUGUUGUCCGUAGUCGCACAACAAAUAUUAUCCAUUUUCUCAGCGCUCGCCGCCAACAAGACGUCUUUUGUGUUCGAAAGAAAUGAAAUUAGAUUGAUAUCCACUUGCGGUAUAUUCAUCACGAUGAAUCCCGGAUAUGCUGGACGAACGGAGCUGCCCGACAAUCUCAAGUCAAUGUUUCGCGCUAUUUCUAUGAUGGUGCCGGACAGUAAACUUAUCGCCGAGAUUAUGUUGUUCGGCGAAGGUUUUAAGGACACCCGAAAUCUAGCCAACAAGGUGUUUGUUUUGUUUUCUCUGUGCAAACAGCAGCUCAGUAAACAAGACCAUUAUGAGUUUGGGCUCCGGGGCAUGGUUGCUUUGUUACGGUACUCGGGUCAAUGCAGACGCCUCUAUUCUCAUUUGCCGAACGAAGAAGUACUACUAUUGGCAAUGCAAAAUAUGAAUCUUGCAAAGCUUACCCAGGAAGACUUGCCGCUCUUCAUGGGUAUAACCAACGACUUGUUUAUCAAUAUUAUUUUGCCGCCAGUAAAAAACGACAUAUUGAUUGACGCCAUAACUACAUGCAUGGUUAAACGUAAUCUUCAGCCGUCGAAAGCUGCGAUUGCGAAAAUCGUUCAGCUCUAUGAAACACAAAAUUCAAGACACUCGGUUAUGGUCUUAGGACAAACGGGGGCAGCCAAAAGCACUACUUGGAAAAUAUUAAGAGAUGCCUCGGCUCUUUUAAAGAAGAAUGAUGUUAGCGGAUUUGAAGUGGUUAUUGAAUAUCCUAUGAAUCCGAAAGCGCUUUCUUUGGGAGAGUUAUAUGGUGAGAAUAAUUUAGCCACUCAAGAAUGGAUGGAUGGCGUAUUAUCGUCAAUUAUGCGUAAAGUCUGCUCAGAUAGUUCAAUUGAAAAAAAAUGGAUACUUUUUGAUGGACCUGUCGACGCCGUAUGGAUCGAGAACAUGAAUUCUGUAAUGGACGAUAAUAAGGUGCUGACACUCAUCAACAGUGAACGUAUUACAAUGCCGCAACAGGUUUCACUUUUGUUCGAAGUUGAAGAUCUGGCGGUAGCAUCACCAGCGACCGUUUCCAGAUGCGGUAUUGUGUUUAAUGAUUAUAACGAUUUUGGCUGGAAGCUAUAUGUAGAUUCGUGGUUAAGCCUUUGUAAUUUCGAACCAUAUAGAAUGGCGAUGAAAAUUCAUUUCGAUAACUACAUAGACAAUAUUUUGGUGUUUAAAAAAAUGCACUGUACAGAAACAGUGACGAUACCCGAAUUGAGUUUGGUUAUGUCUUGUUGUAAACUUUUGGAAUGUUUCACUUUUGAGGAUGUGGCCGUUAGAAUUCCAAAAGACUACGACGAGGAUAAAUACAUGUUCCUCACGAAAAUAUGGUUUCUAUUUUGCAUGCUGUGGUCAGUAUGCGCUGGAGUGAAUGAAAAUGGACGCAAAAAAAUCGACAUCUACAUCAGAGAGUUGGAAAGAGUAUUUCCAGUAAGAGAUACAGUUUACCAUUAUUAUGUGGAUACCAAUUUCAGCAGGUUAAAUCAUUGGGAAGACAGAUUACCUUCUCAUUGGACAUACGACUCAGACGCUCCGUUUUUUAAGAUAAUCGUACCUACAGUUGACACCGUCCGGUAUAACUACUUGACUGAAGCCUAUUUAAGCAAAAAACAACCUGUCCUCUUAGUAGGUCCUGUGGGAACCGGAAAAACGUCGACUGCUCAAAAAGCUUUGGAGUCGUUGAAUAAAAAUACAUUUUCGUUUUUAACGAUUAACAUGUCUGCUCAGACUACGUCUAACAAUGUGCAAGAGGCCAUUGAAGGACGGUUGGAAAAAAGGACUAAGGAGCUAUACGCGCCUAUGGCUGGUAAAACCAUGAUAACGUUUUUGGAUGACAUGAAUAUGCCCGCUAAAGAAGUUUAUGGAGCUCAACCACCUCUGGAAUUGAUCAGGCAAUGGAUCGAUUACGAGUUCUGGUACGACCGACAGAAACAAACGAUUAAAUACGUUAAAAAAAUGUUAUUGAUCGGCGCUAUGGGACCUCCGGGUGGCGGCAGAAAUACUAUUAGUAAUCGUUUGAUGAGUAGUUUCAGCAUCAUCAACUUAACGUUCCCAGAAGAAUCUCAAAUAUUUCGAAUUUAUGGUCUUAUGUUACAACAACACUUAAAGGAUUUCAAUGAGGACGUAUUUGACUCGAGAGAAGGAUUGACUACAAUGACGGUCGACUUGUACAGUAACGUUGUUUCAAGUAUGUUACCUACGCCAGCAAAAAUGCAUUAUCUCUUCAACUUGCGAGAUAUAUCUAAGGUGUUUCAAGGUUUACUGCGAAGCAGCACUGAUUUCCAAAACGCUAAGGCUUCUAUUUUACGACUAUGGUGUCACGAAGUAUUUCGGGUCUUCAGCGACCGCUUGGUUGACAUUAAUGACCGAGAAUGGUUUUCAGACCAAGUCAACAAUCAGCUUGGCAAAAAUUUUGACUUGACUUACCGUAGCCUGUGCAGUUCUGAUAAUAAUCCGAUAUUCUGUGACUUUCUGAACAAGUAUGUACUUUACGAAGAAGUGCUUGACGAGAAGGUACUGCACAGUUACAUAUACAGCAGACUGGAUGAAUACAACGCCAGUUUUGGGGUAAUACCGAUGAACCUCGUAUUGUUCAGAGACGCCAUCGAUCACGUCUGCCGUAUAGCCAGAGUUAUUUCGCAGCCUAGAGGCUAUAUGCUCAUCGUUGGCAUUGGUGGUUCAGGAAGAUCGUCACUCGCGAGACUAGCCACUUGGCUGUGCAAUUACAACAUGUUUACUAUUGAGUUGACUAAAUCGUACGGCACUAUGGAAUUCAAGGAAGACCUAAAAGCCCUCUAUGCACUUACUGGGGUUAAAGAUCAGCCGACUACAUUUUUAUUUAACGAUACUCAAAUAGCUAACGAAUCGUUUUUGGAGAUAAUCAAUAACAUAUUAAGUACAGGAGAAGUAUCGAAACUGUACAAAGGAGACGAAUUCGAAGAAAUUAAAUCCUCUCUGACAGAUAUUGCAAAAAGAUCUGGAGUACUUGAAACCGCUGAAGCAAUUUAUUCUUUUUUUAUAGAAAGAGUUAGAAAUAACUUGCACAUUGUUCUUUGCUUAAGUCCAAUAGGAAACGAAUUCCGAGUGCGAUUACGGCAAUACCCGUCGCUGAUCAAUUGUACAACCAUCGAUUGGUUUUUGGAUUGGCCAAAAGAAGCUUUACUUGAGGUGGCAGCCAAUUCGUUAAUCACAUUAGAUAUUUUAAAAACAAUCACAGGAGAACCAAGGGUCUACGACAUAGAAAAUGUUACUUUAACGCAGGAGGAGUUGAGAGUCUGUAUUGCAGAUAUUUUUGCCACGAUUCAUCAAUCUGUGGUUGAUUGUUCUACUCGAAUGAUACUUGAAAUGAAACGCUACAACUAUGUAACUCCUACAAAUUUUUUGGAAUUAGUGUCCGGAUAUAAAGAGACUUUAGAUUCUAAACGUAUCGAAAUAGCAAGUUCAGCAAAUAAAUUAAGAAAUGGUUUGUAUAAAAUCGAUGAUACUAGCAACAAAGUUGCUGGUAUGACAGAAGAAUUAGGAAAAGCCACCAAACUAGUUAAUCAGUACGCUAAAGAGUGUGAUAAGUUUCUUGUUAUAAUUUACAACCAAACGUUAGAGGCUGAUAAGCAAAAAGCGGAAGUGGCGGAACAGAGUAUUAAAAUCAAAGAAGAUGAAAUUAUUUGUCAAGGUUUAUAUGAUCAGGCUCUAGCUGAUUUAAAAUUAGCAAUGCCGGCUUUAGAAGAAGCGAUGGAUGCUUUAAAUUCACUCAACAAAAAAGAUCUUUCUGAAGUUAAAUCUUUUUCGAGACCUCCAGAAAGAGUAAAAUUAGUAUUAGAGGCUGUUAUGACAUUAAAGCAGUCGGAACCUAGUUGGGCUGAAGCAAAGAGGCAACUAGGAGAUCCGAAUUUUUUAAAUCAACUGAAAGAUUUCGAUAAAGACCAUAUACCUGAAAAGGUCCUUAAAAAAAUAGCGGUAUUUACAAGAAAUCCUGAGUUUGAUCCUAUUAAAGUAGGCGCUCAGUCUUUAGCUGCAAAAUCUUUAGCUAUGUGGGUCAUUGCUAUUGAAAAAUAUGCAAAAAUUUACAAAAUUGUUGCGCCGAAAAAAGAACUAGCAGACAACGCUAUGGCAUCUCUUAAAGAAAAACAAUUAGCUCUUUAUACGGCAGAGCAGAAACUUUUGCAACUGAAAAUUCUUCUAGACAAACUUCAAGCGGAUUACGCCGAAAAAAUGAUAGAAAAAGAAGAACUCGUCAAAAAAGCCGAGGAAUUAAGGCGGAAUCUCGAGAGAGCUGCUACGCUUAUUGACAGAUUAUCUGACGAAAGAGAACGAUGGACUAGAACCGUAAAACAACUCGACAUAGACUUUGACUAUUUGCCAGGAGACUGUCUGAUAAGCACGGCAUUUGUUUCUUACAUGGGACCCUUCGUGUCCAAAUAUAGAGAGUCCCUCAUGGAAUUAUGGGUCACAUCGGUCAGGGAAAUGACUAUACCGUGUGAUCCGGAAUACCAAGUCAUUGAGUUUUUGUCCGAUCCAGCAAUUAUUAGGACAUGGAACAUAAAUGGGUUGCCAAAUGAUGCAUUCAGUACAGAAAACGGUAUUAUUAUCAGUAGGGGUUCCCGUUGGCCGUUGGUCAUAGACCCACAGUGUCAAGCACUAAAAUGGAUUAAAAACAUGGAAGCUGAGAACGAAUUGAAGGUCAUUGAUUUCGGUGUACCAAACUAUAUUCACAUACUAGAAGACGCGUUGCAGAACGGAUUUCCCGCGUUGUUGCAAAUUGCCUCGGAAACUGUUGACCCUGCGGUAAUGCCAGUUUUGGCCAAAGCACUGGUAAAAGAAAACGACAAGAUCUUUAUAAAAAUGGGCGAUAAACUUUUAAUGUACAAUGAACGGUUUAGAUUUUUCAUCACGACCAAAAUGAGAAAUCCUCAUUAUCCACCUGAAAUUUCUACACUAGCGACUGUUGUCAACUUUGCUAUAAAAGAGGAAGGUCUCGAAGACCAGCUACUCGGGAACGUCGUCAGAAUAGAAAAACCAGCGUUAGAAAAACUUAAAGAUAGUUUAAUUAUAAAUAUCGACACUGGAAAAAGAACAUUGGUCGAACUGGAGGACGAAUUGUUGAGAUUGUUAAACGAGAGUGAAGGUUCGCUGUUAGAAAACGAAGAAUUAUUCGAAACUUUAGAAUCCUCAAAAAAAACCUCAGCCGCAGUUGGUAAACAACUACAGAGUGCAUUAGUGACACAGGCCGAUAUUGACAUUGCUCGCGAGGGUUACAGACCUUGUGCCAAUCGAGCUUCUACGUUGUUUUUCAUUCUUAAUGACCUGAGUCAGAUUGACCCAAUGUAUCAAUUUUCACUGGAUUCGUAUGUGACAUUGUUUGAAAACUCAAUAAGGAAAAGCGAGAAAUGUGAUUUUUUCAAUCUCAGAAUAAAUUACUUAAAUGUCUAUCACACGUAUGCAGUAUACAGAAACACGUGUCGUGGACUAUUUGAACAUCACAAGCUGUUGUUUUCUUUUCAAAUAUGCGUUAAAAUAUUAUUGGGCAAAGGCCAGUUAUCUAGAACAGAAUUUGACUUUCUUCUAAAGGGUGGUAUAGUGUUGAACAGAGAGGAACAGGCAGAAAAUCCAUCUUGGCUACCACUACCAAGCUGGGACAAUAUUACUGAGUUGGAUAAAUUGCCUGGUUUCCACGGUAUUGGAAAAUCAUUUGAACAGUUUUCUCGCGAAUGGAAAGAAUGGUAUAUGUCCCCUGAACCAGAAAACAUGAAUCUCGUAGGUCAAUGGAAAGAUAUAUGUACUCCAUUUCAACAAAUGUUGUUAGUGAGAAGCUUAAGGCUGGAUAGAUUAUCGUUCUCGAUUUCGAAAUUUAUCGUAGAAAACCUUGGUCCCAAAUUUGUAGAACCUCCAGUGUUAGACAUUAAAAGCGUUCUAGAAGACUCAAGUAACAAAACUCCAUUAAUAUUUGUUUUGUCUCCUGGUGUCGAUCCAACAAACAUGUUGAUCGGCCUUGCUGCAAGUUAUAAUAUGAAAGAAAAGUUUCAAACACUCUCAUUGGGUCAAGGCCAAGCACCAAUUGCUACAGCUUUAAUCGACAUUGGACAACGAGAAGGACAUUGGGUAUUCCUUGCUAAUUGUCAUCUAUCACUUUCGUGGAUGCCACAUUUAGAUAAAAUAGUUGACGUAAUGCAAGAUGGAAAGAGCCACACAAAUUUCAGAUUAUGGUUAAGCUCAAGUCCACAUCCAGAUUUUCCUAUAGCCAUAUUACAGAGUGCUAUUAAGAUGACAACUGAACCGCCUAAGGGAUUAAAAGCAAACAUGACACGCUUGUAUCAAAAUAUUAGCGAAUCCGACUUUACUCGAUGUCAUUCUCAAGAAAAAUAUAAAAAAUUAUUAUUUGCACUUUGCUUUUUCCAUUCAGUGCUCGUUGAAAGAAAAAAAUUUAAAAAUCUCGGAUGGAACGUUGUGUAUAGUUUUAACGACUCUGAUUUCGAGGUGUCAGAAAAUUUGCUUUCGAUUUAUUUGGACGAAUACGAAGACACCCCGUGGGAUGCAUUAAAAUACCUCAUCGCAGGGAUUUGUUAUGGCGGACACGUGACCGAUGAUUGGGACAGAAGAUUAUUAGACACUUAUAUCAAUCAGUAUUUUAACGAGGAAUCUAUCAACACUCCAUUUUACAGAUUGUCUUCGCUGGUAAUGUAUUAUAUUCCACGAGAUGGAGAUGUCCAGUCAUACAGAGAUUAUAUAUCAACCUUGCCGGUCGUGGAUAGCCCGCAAGCGUUUGGACAGCAUCCGAAUUCUGAUAUGGCAUCCUUGAUGGGAGAAAACCGUAUAUUCUGCGAAACUCUUAUGGCCCUGCAAGGGCCAUCUUCAGGUGGAGGCGAAGAGUAUAAAGAAGAAAAAGUAUUAAAUCUACUAUCUAAAAUUUUGCAUAAGAUACCAGAAAUUAUUGACUAUGACACGACAGUCAAGAACAUAGGGACCAAAAGGAAUCCACUGGAUGUUGUGCUUUUGCAGGAGAUAUUACGCUACAAUAUUUUGUUGAACAACAUUAAGUCAUCCUUAGUAAAUUUAAGAAAAGGUAUCAAAGGUCUCGUAGUUAUAUCGCCAGAUCUCGAAGAAGUGUUUCAGUGCAUAGACGAGGGCAGAGUUCCUAGCCAAUGGCUCAAAGCGUAUCCAUCGUUAAUGAAUUUGGGUGCUUGGACGCAAGAUUUAAUUGAGAGGGUUAGUUACUUUACAAUUUGGGCGAACACUGUUCGUCCGCCGGUUCUAUUUUGGCUCGGAGCUUACACUUUUCCCACCGGAUUUCUGACUGCCGUAUUACAAAUUGAAUCGCGAAGUACGUCCGUUCCAAUAGAUUUACUCGUUUGGGAUUUUACACCAAUCCCUAUACCUCCAAAAGACAUAGUUAUGCCGCCGAACGAGGGCGUAUACGUGCGCAGUCUUUACUUGGAAGGUGCUAACUGGGAUCAUAAAGCAUCCUGCUUGUGUGAACCUAAUCCGUUACAGUUGAUCGCUAAAUUACCAGUCAUACAGUUCAGACCUGUUAAAAGCGUCAGAAGAAAAGCAAGAAGUUUUUAUUUAUGCCCGGUGUAUUACUACCCCCAAAGAUGUGGAGUACAAGGAAGAGAUGCUUUCGUAGUCGGUUUGUAUUUGAAAAGUGGAGAAGAACCACCAGACCAUUGGAUAAAACGAGCGACAGCAGUUUUACUUAAUCUAUCAAAUUAA